UAACGAGUUAACGACCUCCCCUUCCAAUGGCAAUGCUUCAAUAUCCUCAGAUCUUCUUCGUCCUGAUCCUCUUCACAGCGAUCUCCAUUUAUCUCUGGAAACGUCGUAUGCUACGCUCCAAGCAAACAUCAUCGCCGCCGACGAACUGGCCGGUGGUCGGCAUGCUGCCGGCUAUUUUGCAGAAUAAACACCACCUCCAUGCUUACCUAACUCAAAUUCUCCUCGGCCAUGGCGGCACCUUUCAGUUCAGAGGCGUCUGGUUUUCCAACACCGACCUCCUCUUCACCUGCGAUCCCAACAAUUUCCACCAUAUCUUCACCAAAAACUUCCCCAAUUACCCCAAAGGCCCAUCCUUCAAGACCAUCUUCUCCGAUCUCCUCGGCGACGGCGUAUUCAACGCUGAUUUCCAGCUCUGGGAGCUUCACCGGCGCCAGACUAUGUCGUUCCUGAAGGGCGAAAGGUUCGACGGAUUGCUCGACGAAAUCGUCUGGAAUAAGAUCGAAACCAGCCUAUUACCUGUCCUCGAUCAUUUCUCCGGCCGAGGUAUUGAAUUCGAUUUGCAGGACGUCUUCCAGCGCUUCGCCUACGAUACCGUUUGCGAACUCGUGCUCGGCCGCGAUCCCGUCAGCUUGAGCAUAGCGCUGCCGAAUGUGCCGAGCGAGAAGGCGUUGAACGACGCGAUCGAACCACUGCUCUACCGGCAUUUUCUGCCGGAGACCGUGUGGAAGAUGCAGAGGUGGCUUAGAAUUGGGAAUGAGAAGAAGCUCAUGGAUGCCGCGGAGGCUCUCGAUAAAUUCGUCUAUCCAAUUGUCGAUUCGAGGAUGAAUUCGGAGGGAAACGACGGUUUCGAUCUUAUAACAUCCUUCAAAACGGUGUACGAAGAGAUGAUCGGUCGAAACAGGGCGGACCGGACGCGGGUGUUUCUCCGGGACACCGUCGUUAAUUUGUUGUUCGCCGGGCGGGACACGACGAGCACCACGCUUACAUGGCUGUUCUGGCUGAUCGCGACGAAUCCUCGAUCGAUAUCAAGGAUUCGCGAGGAGGUCGAGUCCGUGAUCAAAUUAAAAGAUAGUAAAAAUUCGCGGUUGUUCGGGGCAGAGGAGUCCCGGAAACUGGUGUACCUCCACGGAGCAUUGUGCGAGUCGCUGCGGCUGUACCCUCCGGUGGCAUUGCAGCACAAAGCAGCUCUCCGGCCGGAUGUUUUGCCAAGCGGUCAUUUUCUCCGGCCGGGGAGUAGAGUGAGCGUCGCGUUCUAUUCGAUGGCGAGAAUGGAGAGCUUGUGGGGGAAGGAUUGUUUGGAAUUCAAGCCGGAGAGAUGGAUAUCGGGUCACGGGGCGAUCGAGCACGUGCCGUCGUAUAAGUUUGCGGCGUUUAGCGCCGGGCCGAGGACAUGCCUUGGGAAGGAUAUGUCGUUUGUCGAGAUGAAAAUGAUUGCGGCGUCGAUUAUACAUCGUUACGACGUUGAUUUGGUGAAGGAUCAUCCGGUGAUCCCUCGUGACUCCGUCGUAUUGCAGACGAAACAUGGACUGAGAGUCCGACUAAUUAAAAGAUAGGUGUUUGAUCUGAUAUUUUAAAUUUAAAUUAAUGGACUUUAUAUUUAACUUUAGGAAUAACGAAUUAUUGAACAUUGCAUGAUGGGCUGGGCUUGUUCUUAUAUGCAUUUAUCUUUUGGAAUAAUGUACAAUAAUGAAGUCUAAAGGUUUUGUUGGGCUUGUUUUUAA